AAAUGCCGUAUCUCUAGGCCCCAACAGCAACGAGGAGGGGAAGGGAAGGAUUCAAUAACUAGGCAGCGGCUCUCCCCUUUCUCUUCCUCCCAGAAGUAGCAAAAACUAGUGCAUUUUCUCUCUAGAUCUCCAGCUUUAUAUCUCCUUUCUUUUUCCCGUCUCUCUCUUUCUCCCUUGAUGGCAUCGCUGUCUCUGUCUCUCUUUCUUGUGAUCAUAUUGGAGAUAACAUUGAUCAGCAUCAGCAGCGGGCUGAGGCCCCCUUCACCAGGCUAUUACCCGACUUCCAUGUUUCCUUCAGCCGUGUUUUAUCGGUAUUUCACCAAUCUCUGGGGUCCCCAACAUCAAUCCGUUUCUCCUGAUCAAUCCUCUGUUACAAUUUGGCUCGACAGAGCAACAGGAAGUGGAUUCAAGUCUAGAAAGCCCUUUCGAUCGGGUUAUUUUGGAGCAUCGAUCAAACUCCAAACUGGCUACACUGCAGGGGUCAUAACGGCAUUUUAUCUGUCUAAUAAUGAAGCUCAUCCGGGGAUGCACGACGAGGUGGACAUCGAGUUCUUAGGCACAACGCCGGGAAAGCCCUACACGCUGCAGACCAACGUAUACAUCAACGGCAGUGGAGACAGGAAGAUCAUAGGGAGGGAGAUGAAAUUCCAUCUGUGGUUUGACCCCACUGCCGACUUCCACCACUACGCCAUUCUUUGGAAUCCAAGAGAGAUCAUAUUCUUCGUGGAUAAUAUCCCGAUUAGAAUAUAUCCAAGAAAGUCCCGUGCUACCUUCCCUCUGAGACCGAUGUGGGUGUAUGGCUCGAUUUGGGAUGCGUCCUCCUGGGCCACUGAGAAUGGAAGAUACAAGGCAGACUACAGGUACCAACCCUUUGUGGCAUGGUUCUCUAGGUUCAUCAUGAGGGGAUGCUCGGCCUACGCCCCUAUGACUUGCCGGCAUGUCGCGGGUUCGCCGGUCGGCGCCUUUGGGCUGACCUACAGGCAGAGGCUAACCAUGCACUGGGCUCAGAGGUACUACAUGGUCUAUGACUACUGCAAGGACUACACCAGGGACCGGUCCCUCACCCCAGAGUGCUGGUCCAGACAUUGAAAACACAGUCUCAAGGAGCAAAAGGCGCCUCCCAGAACAAAAAUAUAUGAGAUUUAUGGGCCCCGAUUCUGCGUCGAGGACAACUGCUGCAACGGGAGUCCGGGCCAUGUGUAUAUAGACACUGGGUAAUUUUGGGUGCCUUUUACUUUUGAGUUAAUCUGGUAUUGAAUAAAUUGAGAGAAAAUAAUGAAGCAAUGUGAAAGAUGCCAUGGACUGCCCUUGUAAGGUCAUGGUUCUUUAAAAAAUAUUUUUUUUUUCUUUUUUUUUCUGUUUUAAUCCAAUUGUCACUUGUUAGGAGUGAUGUUUUGGGGCAUGACUGGGAGUCCAAUCAUUGGAAUCAUAUAUUUGGUGGAAAAGUUUCACUCAAGCUAAGAUGGCAUUGGAAAUGGUAUCUUGUAAUAUUCCCCUUGAUAAGGGGCAUUGUGUGAUGUUUACUUGUGGUCUUUGUAAGGAUGAUGAGAUUGCUAAAAAUGAGAAUAAUAAGAAAACAAUCGUUUGUUUUUCCUUUUUCUUA